AUGGAGCUAGAGGAGCCGAGUGUGAGCAUCCGAACCCCGGGGGAGAACCCUCCAGAGCACCCCGCAGAAGAUUCCCCCGAGGCGGACAGACGUGGCUUCCGCUCCGAUAGCAGCAGUGGAGAUGACUCCCUGGACGGCUCCCCCCAGCCUCCUCUCUCCCCCUCCACACCUCGACUCUCUCCUCGUAAACGCUCUCGCGCUCAGGGCCCCGCGGAGCCGCCGCUGCUGCGCACAGAUAAGCGCACCAUCUACACGGCAGGGCGUCCCCCAUGGUACAAUGUGAGUGGGACAAGCUUCAAGGAGGCCUUCGUCAUCGGUCUGUGUGGAGGAAGUGCUUCAGGUAAAACCACUGUGGCCAAUCGCAUCAUCGAGGCUCUGGACGUGCCCUGGGUCGUUCUGCUGUCUAUGGACUCAUUCUACAAGGUGCUGAACCCAGAGGAGCAGACGUUGGCUUCUAAAAAUGAGUAUAACUUUGAUCAUCCUGAUGCAUUUGACUUCGAGCUGCUGGUGUCCGUCCUGCGAAAGCUGAAGAAAGGGAAGAGCAUCAAAGUCCCGGUGUACGACUACAGCUGUCACUGUCGCCGCAAGGAGUGGAAAACGGUGUACGGAGCUAACGUGGUAAUUUUUGAGGGAAUCCUGGCGUUUGCAAACAAAGAGCUCCUGAAGCUGCUGGACAUGAAGGUGUUUGUGGACACAGAUUCGGAUAUCCGGCUCGUACGGAGGCUGAAGAGGGACAUUUGUCAGCGUGGCAGAGACAUCAACGGAAUCAUCAAACAGUACAACACCUUCGUGAAGCCGGCGUUUGAGCAGUACAUCGAGCCCACGGUGCAGCUGGCCGACAUCGUGGUGCCCAGAGGAGGGGAAAACUUUGUGGCGUUGGAUCUAAUCGUUCAACAUGUCCACAGUCAACUUGAAAAACGAGAGAUCACUGUCAGGUCGGCUCUGGCCUCGGCUCAUCAGGGACAGCCUCUGCCUCUGACCCUGAGCGUCCUGAACCCAAGUCCUCAGGUCCUGGGCAUGCACACCAUCAUCAGGAACAAAGAGACGAGUCGUGAUGAGUUCAUCUUUUAUUCCAAACGUCUGAUGAGACUCCUGAUCGAACAUGCACUGUCCUUCCUCCCACUGAAGUCUGUUUCUGUGGAGACGCCGCAGGGAGGAGUCUACGAAGGCAAACGACUCGGAGGAAAACAGAUCACUGGAGUGUCGAUCCUCAGAGCAGGAGAAACCAUGGAGCAGGCGCUGAGGGCCGUGUGCAAAGACAUCAGGCUGGGCAAGAUCCUUAUCCAGACCAACCACAGCACGGGAGAACCAGAGCUACAUUACCUGCGACUCCCUCGGGACAUCUCUGAGGACUAUGUGAUCCUCAUGGACUCCACUGUGUCGACUGGAGCCGCCGCCCUCAUGGCCAUCAGAGUCCUGCUGGACCAUGACGUGCCAGAGGACCAGAUCUUCCUCCUCUCUCUUCUCAUGGCAGAGACAGGAGUCCACUCGGUGGCGUACGCGUUCCCCAGAGUGAGAAUCAUCAGCACAGCAGUCGAUAAAGAGGUCAACGAGAGGUUCCACAUCGUCCCCGGGAUCGGGAACUUUGGCGACCGUUACUUUGGCACCGAUGCUCCUUCAGACGUGUGUGAGAGCGACGAGGCCAUGGACUGCUGA